UAAAUAAAGGUUUCCGCUGAUUUUCCUCAUCCAACGAUCUUUGCUCUUCGUCUCUGAGCUCUGCACCGACCGACCAUGUCCGCGGACGUAGUGGACCUGCCGGCGCAGGUGGAGUCGGUGCUGGUGGCGCUGGUCAAAGCGGCCACGGUGGAGUUGACCAAACUGUUCGAGAGCAGGUACCGAGCCUCGGCCGCUGUGGCCGCGGGCCGCACGGAGGACCGGACGGAGGACCGGAGGGACCUCGACCCGCUGGAGCCCCCGGCCGGUUCCUCCGCUGCGGACACGAAACGCAGCAUCGGGGUGCAAGUGGACGAGGUGACUUAUCUGCCGCUGGAGCUUCCUGGUCCCCCCUUCCUCUCAAAUGGUGAUUGUCUGACGGAGUGCGAGGAGGAGCUGGCUGUGGUGGAGGGCUGCCUCACUCCAUCAGAAAUCCUCGUGGAUGGAGACCCCGAAUGGUGGCCUCUGAAGGAAAAGCUUUUGGCAAAGCCUGUGGAUAUGGUGGAGCUGAGCGUCCUUGAAACAGAGUCUCCAGCUGAUAGUGAAUCCAAAACAGAAAUUGUUUUGCAUGUGUGUACGGACACAACCAUGCAGGACUCAACUCCAACAACACAAAAGCCUCUCGACAUCCUGCCAGACACCAGUGAUGUCGCCUCAGAGAAGGAUGUGAAGCUUGUUUGCCCGUUGAAACUGAAACGGGAGCCACAGCAGACCUGUGUGAGCACUGCCCAGGGCACCGCCUACAGCCCGUCUCCGUCGGAUGGAGCUCUUCACGUUAUGCUCUGGGAACCGAUCCAGGCGCCAAAGGAGGCAAAGAAGAACAGUCUUCAGAUGAAACUGAAGUUGACGUCGCCAGAUCAAAAGCUGCUGAGUCCUUGUGCGGUGCAGCUGGUGGAUGUGCUCAGGGUGCCUCAUUCAGAGGCCAAGCUCCAAGAUGAUGUGGCCAACCGCAGAACUGGUUGGCGUCAGCCCAAAGAUCUCCGUCGCCACCAAGGCCUCCACACAGGCCAUCGCCUCUGCUGUUUCACCCCGUGUGAUAACGGCAUUUGGCGCCUCCGAGCGGUCGUCACUCACUCCCGCGAGGGCUACGCGUGCAGCGUCUGCGGGAAGACAUUCAAACACAGAAAGAUUCUCCGGCGGCACGAGCGAUUCCACAGCGGAGAUAAACCGUACCCGUGUUCAGAGUGCUCAAAGACGUUUGCGCUCAGGAAGAGCCUCCGCCGACACCUCCGAUUCCACAACGGGGAGAGGCCGCACACCUGCACACAAUGCAGCAAAAGCUUCCGCCUGCGUGAAAAUCUGAAAGCACAUUUGAGGUUUCACAGCGGAGAAAAGCCUUUCAGCUGCAGCACCUGUGGGAAGAUGUUCCGGAUCAUGAGGAAUCUGGAGAAGCACAAUCUGAGCCAGUGUGGAUACUUUGUCCCUUCAUUUAAGACGCUUGCUGGCAUGUAGCUGCAGACGGUGGCGCCACCAUUUUCUACCUCGUGCUAACCUCGUUCAGACCGAUCAGCUGCGGUCCUGAGUGAUCCGGUCACAAGUGGUCAGCACUAAGUUCAAGUCUGAACACGCCCAAAUACGUACUGAGAUCUGAUCACUCAAAGCACAUGGGGAGGUGAUCCUGGACGCAUGUGGGAACAUUGGUUUUGCUGCGGUAACACGGAUAUGUCCUACUGAGCUACAGUUUCACCAUGAAUCAAACAUAUUUUUGUGCUUUUUAAGCCACAAUCUCAACACUGAACCGCCACAUAAAAACUUUCUUCAAACAACCAACCAUCAACUCAUGCGGCCCAUCCUGACUUGGAUUGCUGUCUUUCCCCAUCUCUCUCUUGCUCUGCUCACGUCAACACACAAACACACACACACACACACACAUACACACACACAGUGAUAACAAGCAUGUCUGUGAACUCAGACUGAAAAAAACAAACAUAAUUUGGUCUUUGCCAACACAUAGAUAUCUAUGAUUAUUUGCAUAACGCCAGCCUUACACAGGACGCGGAAGCAACGCCAAAGCGCCAGGCAGCGCUUAUAAUAUCACCCGUUGACCAAGUAGUAUAAAAGCAUAUAGUCACUUCUUGCUCUAACAUUAACUGCAACAGCGUCCCAACAUUUGUCCUUUUUGGUGUUAUCUUUAUACAACAUGUGCCGAGGAUCAUACAGCUCACUGUACCUCUCAACUUCAAUUAUUAAUUUAAUGUCAUCCAUCUUCAAUAACUUCUCCGCUGUUUGCUCCGUUCAAUGUCGGGUG